UUUGUCCGGAAAUCGCCAAGUGGGUCAUCGAAAAAUUGUAGCUUUUUGUUGACUUAACUCACUAUCUCUCUCGAGUCUGACUCUUCGCCACGCCCCCUUCUCGUGUACUUAGGGUUUUCUUGUAGAGUCACAACUUCCAGACAAACAAAAAAAAACUGAUGGGUGUGAUCAAUGUUCAGGGCGCUCCAUCGUUCUCUAUUCAUUCUUCAGAGUCAAAUCUUCGAAAGUCGCGAGCUUUGAGGAAGAGCAUCAGUAGGGUUUAUUGUCUUCAGUCGUCAAGUGCAGCUGUAGACGAACCCAAGAACAUAACCAUGGGAGACUCUUUUAUCCGUCCACAUUUGAGGCAAUUGGCUGCUUAUCAGCCUAUUUUACCCUUUGAGGUGUUGUCUGCUCAAUUGGGAAGAAAGCCUGAGGAUAUUGUCAAGUUAGAUGCAAAUGAGAACCCAUAUGGUCCUCCUCCAGAGGUUUUUGAAGCACUAGGAAAUAUGAAAUUCCCUUAUGUAUAUCCUGAUCCACAAAGUCGUAGACUUCGUGGUGCCCUUGCUCAAGACUCUGGUCUUGAGCCAGAAUACAUACUUGUAGGCUGUGGCGCUGACGAACUUAUCGAUUUGAUUAUGAGAUGCGUGUUGGAUCCUGGGGAGAAGAUUAUAGACUGUCCUCCAACUUUCUCAAUGUAUGUGUUUGAUGCUGCUGUGAAUGCUGCAGGUGUCAUUAAAGUUCCAAGGAACCCUGAUUUCAGCUUGAAUGUAGACCGCAUCGCUGAAGUUGUAGAACUAGAAAAACCAAAAUGCAUAUUUCUAACUUCUCCCAACAAUCCAGAUGGGAGUGUCAUCAGCGAGGAUGAUCUGUUGAAGAUUCUAAAGAUGCCAAUACUUGUUGUUCUUGAUGAAGCUUACAUCGAAUUCUCAGGAAUUGAAUCAAGGAUGAAGUGGGUGAAGAAGUAUGAAAACCUAAUAGUUCUCCGCACAUUUAGCAAACGAGCUGGUUUAGCCGGGCUCCGAGUUGGAUAUGGAGCGUUUCCAUUAAGCAUAAUCGAGUACCUAUGGAGAGCAAAGCAACCAUACAAUGUCUCUGUUGCAGGGGAAGUAGCUGCAUUAGCAGCACUCUCAAAUGGGAAAUACUUGGAAGACGUGAGAGAUGCGUUGGUGCGGGAAAGAGAAAGACUUUUCGGGCUUUUGAAAGAAGUCCCUUUCUUGAAUCCUUAUCCGAGUCAUUCCAAUUUCAUUCUCUGUGAGGUUACAUCUGGAAUGGACGCCAAGAAGCUGAAGGAGGAUUUGGCGAAAAUGGGUGUGAUGGUUCGGCAUUACAACAGUAAAGAGCUUAAAGGCUAUGUUCGAGUUUCUGCUGGCAAGCCUGAACACACUGAUGUUCUCAUGGAUUGUCUCAAGCAAUUCUAUUGACUUCCCACCCCCCACCAUUUGUUUGGAAGUUCUUAAGAAACAGAAGAAACAAAAAGAAAAACUGAGUUUCUCUUGUAUUGUUUGUUUUCUCAUUUGUUGGAUUCAUUGUUUCAGUUAAUAAGGGGUUUUCUUGUAUUGUACUUUUUGGUUUGAUGAUGGGCCUAAGGCCUUUUGUAAAACUUACUGAUAAAGCCCAAUAAAACUGAAACGUGCUUAUG